AAGACCCUACAUUGUUAAGCCAGCACGAAGGCGAGUGUUUAGCAAAUCAAGAGAACUUCGACAAAGACGCCGAUGAAAAUUCAAGCUAUGGCGAUAUUAAAGAAAAUGUUCAGCCACCAAUAGAAAAUGUCCGACCACAAAAAGCAAAUCCAAAGGAAAAGAGAAAGAGAGUAGUAAGCAAACACUAUUUUGUACACAUUAUACGCUAUUAA